AAAACAGCGUCUACUUGGUAUUAAUAUUAGAUUUUCAAGUUUAUAGUAUCAAGAUUGUAUCGAGAAUUUAAGAGCGCAGAGGAGGAAGUUACGGAGGUUAAUAUCAAAAAUGUCAAACUUUAUUGAUUUUGAUGUCUUUCAUCCAUUGAUUGACAUAUGAAUUGACACUAACACAGUCAUUAUUUGCCAUUAGCGGUAUACAUUAAUUUUGCCGACAAUAUUUAGUUCUAAACCAAAGAAACAAUAGUAUCAACGCGCACGAUGUCGCGGCGUAGUAAUUGGAAUAGAGCAUCAUAUAAAAAUCAAAAUCGUGGGGGCAGACCUCAUGGUUUGCGCGGCAAAGACAUCGGCCUUUAUUAUAGAGAUCUGCAGAGAAAUAAAAAUAAAAAUAUGGAUCUAGAUUAUAUGAUUAAUCUAUCAGUACCACCCGCAGUACUGACAAGCUUGCAGAAAAACAUACAAUCUAUUAAAAAGAUUGCCAAUGAACAUAAUAUACAUGUACCACCACCUAAACGUUUAAAUUUUGUUACAAUAAAGAAAGAUGAUAAAUAUGAACACCGUUAUGAUAGAACAAGUAGUUAUCCUGCGCACAAAAAUAAAUAUUCUGAUCAGUCCACACCAUUGGAAGCUCCAAGUACUUCUUGGGACUAUAAUAUGCAGGUAGAUGAUGUAAAAGAAUCAAAAGCAAAAGAAGCGAAAGUGGGAUCAUCAUGUGAAGAAGAUUUAAAUACAGAUCCUCAAAAAGCAAAGUCCAGUCUUUCAUCAGAUGAAAGACAGCCAGGUCCUCUAAGAGGCGCUGGUGAUUAUAAAUAUGGCUAUGAAGACAUAAUUACAGGUACUUUUGAAGAAAAACUUGAAAAAUGUUUAAAAGAUGGAGUCAUUAUUGCCAUGAAUAACCCUACAAUUCAAGCCUUAAAUGAAUCAUACUAUGAAAACUAUAAGACAAUGAUACAAUCAGAUAAUUAUAUCAAAAUGAAAACAUUCCGAGAGAGGUUACCAACAUAUAAGAAAACAAAGGAACUGCUAGAAAUAUUUCAUAAUAAUCAAGUGGUUGUUAUUAGUGGUGAGACUGGCUGUGGAAAAUCUACUCAGAUUCCACAGAUAAUUUUAGAUAACGCGAUUGUCAAUAAAAAAGGUGCUAAUGUUCAUAUUUUAGUCACUCAACCGCGGCGUAUAGCCGCUUCAUCCUUGGCAAUGAGAGUUGCUGAGGAGAGGUCUGAAAAAGUGGGCACAUCUAUAGGAUAUGCUGUCAGAUUAGAAGUUGUGGAUCAACGACCACGCGGUAGUAUAAAAUUUUGUACCACGGGAGUUUUACUCGCGGAACUGGAAAUUAACCAGGGUUUGACUAACUAUAGUCAUGUGAUACUAGAUGAGGUACACGAGAGAGACUGCGAUAUUGACAUAUCCAUGUUAAUGUUGAAACAGGUGCUCAAACAGCGCAAAGAUCUCAAACUAAUUUUAAUGAGUGCAACAAUAGAUGCUGAUAGACUGAGGUCUUAUUUUGAUGACUGUCCAAUGAUGCAUAUUGAAGGCCUAGCCUACCCUGUAAAGGAUAUUUAUUUAGAAGAUAUCCUGCAAAUGACGAGGUACAUUCCAUCGUUUGACCAAGACACACGAGCGGCCCACAAAGGCCAACGACAGAAAUGGAAGCGAAAAGAACAAGAAAUGGAAAGGGACAUACAAUAUAAAGCCGAAAUUGCUCCAUGGCUUGAGUCUGUCAAAAAACAACUUCCCCGAGAAGUGUCCACUGUGCUCAAAGACGCAAGGAUUGAAGACUUGAACAUAAAUAUAAUUUAUGAACUGCUAUUAUACAUAUGUAAGGGAGAACCUGGCGCGGUACUGAUUUUCCUGCCAGGCAUCGGUGACAUAACGAAUCUUUUGAAGAUGAUUGAAACUAGUAAUAAUUUCCCAAAAUCUCGCUUUGACAUCUAUCCAUUACAUUCAAAAUUGCCAUCUUUGGAACAACACAAGAUAUUCCAGCGACCCCCAGAUUUUGUAAGGAAGAUUAUACUGGCUACAAACAUUGCUGAGACGUCUAUAACUAUUGAUGAUAUUGUAUAUGUUAUUGACUGCGGUAAAAUUAAGUAUAGUGGACUGAAUAUUGAGGAUAAUAUACCCACCUUGCGUACAGAGUGGGUAGCACAAGCUAAUUUAAGGCAGCGACGUGGCCGAGCUGGUCGCUGUCAGCCAGGCAUAUGUUACCAUUUGGUGACGUCAUUCCGAGCCAGUCAACUGGCGGAACGUCUUCUGCCAGAAAUACAACGGAACUCCUUAUUAGAACCCGUUCUAGCUAUAAAGAAGUUGCGUUUAGGUAAAGCAUCUCUUGCUUUGAGCAAGAUGCCGUCUCCUCCCGCUGAAACCACUGUGGAACGAGCUGUCAAACGCUUAUCUCAAAUCGGUGCUCUAGACAACGAUGAAAAGUUAACCCCACUUGGGUGGCACUUAGCUCGUCUACCAGUCCACCCGGCCGCAGGCAAACUGCUGCUAUUAGGCACAUUGUUUGGAUGUCUUAACCGCGCAGCCAGUGUCGCUGCCGUAUGGGGAUUUAAGGACCCCUUCCAACUUGUUAUUGGCAAGGAAAAAGAAGUGGAUGAAGCGAAACGCACUCUAGCUCUAGGCGAGCCGAGUGAUCACGUGGCUAUAUCAGAAGCCGUCAUUCAAUUUGAACAUUGCCGCACUUACCAUGAGAAGCGCAACUUUGCAUACGAGAACUUCUUGUCCCGCCACACUUUAGAACUAUUGUCGGAUAUGAAGCGGCAGUUUGCAGAUAAUUUGAAGCAGAUGGGCUUCCUCCGUAAUGCUGAUAUCAAGUCUCCAUGGGAGAACCGCAACAUGGAUAAUCUGAGCCUCUUUAAAGCUAUAGUGGCGGCCUCUCUGUACCCUAAUAUUGCGACUGUGAAGUGGAAGAAAAUCAAUGCUCGUAAACGUUUCCUAGACCCCCGUCUGAAGGUGAGGACACCAGAAGAUGGCUCAGUGAGUUUGCACCCAAGCAGUGUAAUGGCCUUUAAGAGCUACCCACCAGGACGUGGAUACCCCCUCGCCCCAGUGUGUGACAGCCCUGGAGCCACCUGGCUUGUCUACUGGCUUAAGCAACGAUCAUCAGACCUGUUCCUCUUUGAUGUAACCCUGAUCUAUACUUUGCCUUUCUUGUUCUUUGGAGAAUUGGCGAUAACUGAAGCUCCUGACCCAUCAAAUUACUGCAUUUUGAUAUCCAAUAUUAAAGUAAGCUGCAACAAGACUACUAUGGAUCUUCUGUGGGAACUGCGGUCUUUAUUGGAUCAAGUAUUGGCGGCUAAGAUCAGUAGCUCAAACAUUAAUACAGCUAGUGGAAAUGUCUUCGAAAAUCAAGUAUUGGAUGCUGUCAUGGAGUUAAUCACGGCGGAGGACGAAUGCUUAGAUUUUAUUUCGGAUAAUGAUUCGGAAUCAGACAGGUCCGAAUAUGACUCACGUAGAAACUCGCUGUCUUUGGAAAUGAUGAGUAAUCUUAUUGAAGCUAUUAAUUCGAACAAGGAUGAUAAAUCGUUGAGAGCCAUAGUUUUAAGUGCUAAAGGGAACGUGUUUUCUGCUGGUCAUAAUUUGAAAGAAUUGCAGGCUAACACAGGUGUAGAUCAACACAAACUGAUAUUUAGUAAAGCGAGCGAGUUGAUGAAGUCUAUAAUACAGAGUCCUGUACCAGUUAUUGCUAAGCCGGCCAAUCGCAGCGCCGAACGCGUACUCGUCACGAUUACUUUAUACGAAAAAGAAACUCGUACUAAGGCCUCAGGUUAUUUUCAACCGACUUCAAAAAAAGGAGGAGGUUCUCAAUUCGACCCAGCUAACUUUGGCAUAUUUUGCUCAACACCUGGGAUAGCUGUAGGACGAUGUGUUCCUAAAUCUAGGGCUACAUACAUGCUCUUUACAGGUGAACCCAUAACUGCUCAAGAAGCCUAUGAAAGUGGACUCGUCACGAAAGUAGUUCCAGCAAGCCAAUUAGACGAAGAAGUUAACAAAAUUAUUGAGAAAAUCAAACACAAAAGUCGGAGCGUUAUCGCUCUUGGUAAAGAAUUCUUUUACAAACAAAUUGACUUAAGUCUGAUGGAUGCUUACAAGCUGGGAGAGGAUAUUAUGGUUCAGAAUAUUAACUCUAAUGAUGGGCAAGAAGGUAUCAAGAGUUUUGUUGAAAAAAGAAAAGCAGUUUGGACUCACGAAUAACGGUUAUCGCGAAUGUUCGAGAAUAGUGUUAAUUACUUACACAUUCAUGUGUUUAUCUAUAUAAUGGCACUGAUAAAGACCGUUGUAGGUUUUAUUUUACAAGAAAACAUUUUUAAUUUAGUUUGGAUAGUGGAAAAAGCAAGAUGAUAACGAAGUACUUGAGUACUUUGUAAGUAACUUUUAAAAAUAAUACUGGAAGACAAAAUGUUAACAGAAUGAAAAGACAAUUUUAUUUACACCUAACCUUUAUUUGCCACUAUAGUAAUAUACUUUAACAAAACUUGCAAAGCAUAAAUUAUAAUGUUAAAGCAUACAACAUGACAUGACACAGGACAUUAUAAUAUUUUUGGCCGAUUCAUCUUACAUUAUUUACAUAAUAUGUAUUGUAACAUUUAACUUUAAUAAAUCAAGAUGGAUCACAUUAAAAUGUUAGUAUCUGUUAUAAUAUUCAGUGCACACAUAUUUCACAAAUACAAAACUUGUAUUAAUUAAUAAACUUAUUCACUAAAAGAAUUUUUUUUAAACAUUAAUUAUAAAUACAUCUAAAGUUAAUAUAGAAUAAUAAUUUAUGUUUACAUGCUCUGCAGGAUUCUCCAAAGUAAAUGGUUCAUUAUUGUCAGUGACACUUAGUAGUUGUGCAAGCUAUGUUGAAAUAUUGAAACUCCUUCAGUUUAUUUCACUAGUUAGUUUCUACUUAUAGACAGAACAACUCUUAAAAUUUAGUAUAGACAAGAGUGGGAUUAUUACAAACAUUACGAAUACUACUAUUAUUGCAUCAUUUCAUUACAUUUCAACGUUGUGAGAAUAUAAUCAACAUACUCCCAUUAAUACUUUAAUAUAACAAACAUAAGAUUUAUGUGAAAAUCUACUCUACAGAUAUAAUAGGAAACUGAUGAAACUAUAUUUUGAAUGAUUAUAUGGACCAUUAAAUAACUAUAUGGGGCCAUUUUCACAAUAUCAUUUAUAUAUAUAUCUAGCUAAAUUAUAAAUAAAUAGCUUCGGCAAAACAUUGUGAAAAGAGCCUUCAGCCUAGUAGUAGUAAAAAGACAUUACUUGUAUAAUUACAUAAAAUUUUCAUAGUCUUUUAGGUAUUUGUAGAAUGAACAACGAUCACAUUGUUGAAAGUUGUCAGUCAUUACGGGAAUGUUUGUAGUCUGUUCCCAGUGACCGUUUGCCAAAAUGGUUCUCACUUCUUCGCUAGCUCGUUAGAGAGCCAGUCUAGACCUUCAUACAGCCCCUGUCCUUGUGUUGCACAUGUGGCUUGGAUGUACCAGCGGCGAUUUCUCAAAUUGUUUAGGUUGAGAGCAUUAGUAAGUUCAGCUGCUGUCAUAGCAUUGGGCAUGUCCUGUUUGUUGGCAAACACAAGGAUCACAGCAUCUCUCAAUUCAUCUUCUUUUAGCAUAUUAGCCAGCUCAUUUUCGGCUUCUGCUAUUCUCUUAGUGUCACUUGAAUCCACGACGAAGAUCAGUCCCUGUGUGUUCUGGUAGUAGUGACGCCACAGUGGCCUGAUCUUGUCCUGACCGCCGACGUCCCAUACAGUAAAACUAAUGUUUUUGUAUUCUACUGUUUCCACGUUGAAACCGAUCGUCGGUAUUGUGGUCACAAUCUCUCCCAACUUAAGUUUAUAUAGUAUAGUUGUUUUUCCAGCGGCAUCCAGUCCAACCAUAAGGAUACGCAUUUGUUUUUUGCCGAAAAGCUUAGUAAAAACACUUGAGAUUGUUAAGCCCAUUGUGAAUUUUGGUAUCAGAUGUUAUUAUCAACUAUUUAAAAAACCAAAUUCCUAGAUUUAAAAUGAAAAAACACAAAUUCUAGAGAAAUACUGAGUGAUGACCAUACGCACGUCAACGUUUCCAAUUUUUUUCUUUGCUAAGUAGUGACGUACCGCUUUUUAUUUUUUGCGUUUAGUUUUACUGUAUCGGGGAU